CCGGGCGCGACCUCGUGGCGGCAAGGCACCGCAUGGUCGGCCUGCUUCGCGCCACCCUCACGGUCCACCAACGAGGCGGGGGCGGCGAAGAAGAGGAGAACGAGCAUCCCGCUGACCGGAACGCUCCACUCGGAGAGACGCUGCACACGUCGAUGGUGCGCGCCGCCGUGGAGGAAGGUUUGGCGCACCACAACACGGUCAUGCUGCACGAGCUAAUGAGGACUGGGGUGUACAAGGAGCCGGGGGACGGAGUGCAGCUAGAUCGGGAUGAGAAGAAGGCCUGCCUGCGGCACGGCCUCCUAGACAGGAAGUUCUCCCACCACGACCUCGUCCGCUCGGGCAUCAUCCUCGAGGAACAGACGCCGGGACAGCUCGCCGGCGAGAGAACUCUAGCCGCAAGCCGCGUGUCACGGCACUUGCAACAGCGCAGCGCCGGCAGCGCGGCGGAUCUUGUCCUUGCCGCUGGCAGAAAUGGGGAUUCUACUGCUGUGGCGGUGGGGGUUGCUAACUCGUGGGCAACAACGGCAAAAGCGUGGUAG